UACCGCCAACCCCAACCCCACUUGUAGUUCUCAGCAGAAAAGCAAAGUUUAUAAAGAGAAAUCAUUUUAAUUUUUCUGUCCAACCCAUUCUUCUUCAUUCAGAAAGAAAGAAGUUUAUGAAUAGAAAGCUGAUAGUCCAAAAACUAUCUAUCUAAAGCUAGACAUCAAAAAGCUUAUAUAUGAUACCUAAAGAAAUAAAAAAGAGCCUUUUUAUUAUUUUCUUCAUCUUCUUUUAGCUCUUUGUCUUCCCUACUCACACCUUCUCUCAUCUUAGAGUUUCAUAAAUUCAUUUACAAGAAAUCUACCUCUUGUCCUUUUACUCCCUUUCACUAAUUUUUAGUAUACAACAAAAACCUUUUUUUUUUUUCAAAAAAAAAAAAGAGUAAUCAAGAAUCUAUUUAAGUCAUGUUGAAUUCUUCUUCAACUGACCCUCUCAUGACUUCUAUAGAGAAUGGAAACAAUUGUAAUAACACCAACAAGAGAAAAAGAAGGCCAGCUGGAACCCCAGAUCCAGAUGCAGAAGUGGUGUCCUUAUCACCAAAAACAUUAUUGGAAUCAGAUCGAUACAUAUGUGAGAUCUGUAAUCAAGGAUUUCAAAGGGAUCAAAAUUUACAAAUGCAUAGAAGAAGGCAUAAAGUACCAUGGAAAUUGCUAAAAAGAGAAACCCCUAUAGUGAAAAAAAGAGUAUUUGUUUGUCCAGAACCAACAUGUCUACAUCAUGACCCUUGUCAUGCUCUUGGUGAUCUUGUUGGUAUUAAAAAACACUUCAGAAGGAAACAUAGUAAUCACAAACAAUGGGUAUGUCAGAAAUGUAACAAAGGGUAUGCUGUUCAGUCUGAUUACAAGGCACAUCUCAAAACAUGUGGAACUCGCGGCCAUUCUUGUGAUUGCGGUCGCGUCUUCUCCAGGGUGGAGAGUUUCAUUGAGCACCAAGAUGCAUGUAGGUUUGGCAUGCUACGAUCAGGAUCACAAUCUUUACCAUUACCAACAUCAGCACCUUGCCUUUCUCGUACAGCUUCAAGUCCAAGCCCCUCAAGUGAUCACACUAAUAAUCUCAUCAAUACUACAGUACUCCCAUGGCCUCAUUUUCUUAUGAAUACUACUCCAAAUUCCAUAAUAAAGAAACACAAUUUAGAGCUCCAACUCUUGACUACUACAACUACAACAACAUCUCCAUCUAGCCCCCUUGAUGUCUCCAUAUCGUCCAAAUCGCGCGAUGAUCACUCCACUCAUAAUAAUAAUCUUCAACUAUCCAUCGGUUCAUCAGAUAUCCUUAAUGACUCGGAGAAUAAUAAUAAUGACACGCACAGAUCGAGAAAUGGUCCAGAUGAAUUAUCGAGGGGGCGGUUAAGGCAGGCAGUGGCCGAAAAGGCGUAUGCGGAGGAGGCUAGAAAGGAAGCAAAGAGAGAAAUUGAAUUGGCUGAGCAAGAAUUGGCUAAUGCAAGGAGAAUUAGGAAACAAGCACAAGUGGAAUUAGAAAAAGCACAAGCAUUGAAGGAAGAAGCAAUAAGGCAAAUUAAUUUUACUCUUUCACAAAUCACAUGUCAUGUUUGCAAACAACAAUUCCAAGCUAAAAGGAUAGUCACAACAACAAGCAUAGUUCCCAAGUCUUAUCAAGUUGAGAGGAGGAAUAUUGAUCAUGACCAAAGUAGUCACUUCAAGUAUAGUUGCCCAACAUGAUUAGUACUUCUCUAGUUGUACUAUAUUGUAUUUCUUUUUUUUUCCUUUCAUUUUUUUGGGUCCUUUAGUGUAUUAAUUAAUGAAUAUAUAAGUCUAGUGUAGAUGCUACUACUAUGAUGAGUUUAGAUACUUGGAUGAACAAGGAUUGGACAAUGUUCAAAAAGAGUUACGUUGGUGUUAUUUUUUUCUUUAUCUAGUUCAUGCAUGGUGAGACGGUGAGUGUCAUAAUGGUGUUUUCAGUGACCUAAUAAAGUGAAAGUGAAUACUAUAAUAUUAUCUCUUAUGCUA